UGGUGCUCAUCAUAGCCAUACUCAACGAUGGUAAUUAAUGUAGUAGCACCUCUGAACUUUGGUGCCAAGUUUCAGACCAUACUGAAACACAUAGCCUGACCGAAAUGCUUUGAUCAGGGACGAUCAUGGCGAUAUCCAAGGACCGGGUGACGCCGUCGCGGAGCCCGUACAGUUGGAAGCUGAACGAGAUAUUCGCCACCGGGGUCGUCAUCGGCGCCUACCUCGCGCUGGCCACGGUGCUCUUCUACUGGGCAGUCACCAGAACCACAUUCUUUGAGGUUAGCACAUCCAAGGCUGAACCGAUGAACAUCUCUGUUGAUCUGUACUUCGGGAGAAAGAGAGAAAUUUUGCUUUCAGACUGAGAGACACACACAUUGUUAUUUCAGCCAAUCAUUUAUAUAUGUAUUAUUGGUGGAUUGCACCGUGAAUAAAAACCUGAUGGUCAUGUUCGACAUCAAUCAAGAAUUUAAUUGAAGGCAGGGUACGCACAUUGAUGGAAAUGGAUGCCUUUUUUCAUUUUCUUUCAGCUGUAACAUAUUUCCAUCCGAUGGAUUUGGUUUUACUUCACUUGCACAUAAAGCCAGUAAUUUGUUUUCAGAGAGAUACCCAGCGAGUCAAUUUUACCUGUGACUACACAAGGGCUCUGUUCUGUUCUACUACUCCCUCCAUACCAAAAUACAAGACGUGAAAUACAGUUUUAAUUCAACUGUAAAAAUGUCUUAUAUUUUGGUAUAGAGGUACGGUUCAUUGUGUAUUUAUGUGUAUGCAUGGGUGCUUGUGUGUUGUUCUUGGAUUCCUACCUGUAUCGGUUCAUUCACACUCAUCAGGUGUUUUUAUGUCUCCUUCAUAUGAUGACUUAGAUUUUUGUUUCUUUUCUCAGAAAUUGCACCGGAAAUUGAAUCAAAUAGUAAAGCUAUUGCCCAAAUUGUCCUAAUAAGAAUUUAAACACUGAAACCUUCUAAUAUUCUGAAAUUGUGCUUUC